AUGAUUCUCGCUCAAAACCGGACCCCGUCUCAGGUUUGCAGCAUGGCACCCAAGCAAUGGAGCAACUUCCACGUGGGAAGAGAGUGUGGCCACCAGAAGUGGUCUCGAAAGAACACUCCCAAAUUGACCGUCUCCUCAGGCGAGACCGUCUCCUUCGACGCCAUCGAUAGCAGCAAUGGCCAACUCGAUACAACAUCCCAGGCCUCAGCCAUCAGCUCCCUGGAUCUAGGCCUCGCCAACCCAGUCUUCGGCCCGAUCUACAUAAACGAGGCCCAACCCGGCGACGUCCUCAAAGUCGAAGUCCUAAACCUCGAAGUCGCCGACUGGGGCUGGUCCGCCAUCAUCCCGGGCUUCGGACUGCUGGCAGACGAAUUCCCAGAACCAGAGAUCAAGAUCUGGUCGCUGAACCGCGAAGCAGGCUUCGCUCAGUUCAAGAACAUGCGCAUCCCCCUCCGCCCCUUUCUCGGCUGCAUGGGCCUCGCCCCAGCCGGCGAUGAAGAGCUCUCCACCGUUCCCCCCACCAACGCCGGCGGCAACAUGGACUGCCGCGAGCUGAGCGUCGGCUCGACCGUCUACCUCCCCGUCCAGACGGCCGGUGCACUGUUCAGCUGUGGCGACGGCCACGCUGCACAGGGCCACGGCGAGCUCAUCAAGAACCAGCCCUGGAUGACCGCACCCCAGUUCCAGACUCCGCCUCGGGCGCAAAUACCCAACCCCCUCCCCGACCUUGGAACCUACGGCGCUCUUGGUGUUGCUCCCGAUCUGUAUGAGGCUACCCGCAGUGCUACUCGGAACCUAAUUCAGUGGCUGGUUCAGACUAAGGGUCUUACUCGCAGCGAGGCAUACAUUCUUGCCAGUGUUGCUGGUGAUCUGCAAAUUGCAGAGGUGGUUAAUGUGCCCAACUUCGAAGUGGCUAUGACCCUCCCAUUGGGCAUCUUCUCUUAA